AUUCGAAGCAUUGAUCUCACAAAGUAGACAAAUACUGCAAGUGGAAUAACUUAAAACAGGAAUAAAUAUCCUUAAUCAAUUACGGAACUAUUUUGAAUAAUAAAAUUAGUAAAAUGCCUCAUCCGAAAAAAAUGGAAUCAACCCCCGUUAAAUCGGAACGUACAGAAGCCGAAAUCGAAGCUGCUGCAGGGCUUGUUCUCCUCUCUACUCCAGAAGUGAUCCCAAUGCCGAGCGAGGAUAUUAUGAACAUGAUUAAGGAUCCUCAUAUCGUAACACUCCGUGCUGAGGAAGAAUUUCAAAAUCGAAUCAAAGCAUCUAUAGAAGCGGCUAAAGUGGUGUUGGACCAGAGCAAGUACGCCAAAUAUGAGUACAAGGAGCAAAUGGCCAGAAACGUAGCUCAAUGUUCCCAGCGGUCAGCGGAGCAACGUCAAAAGAAUAAUGAAGCUUCCCGAAAAUCGCGAUUUCGUCGUGCUCGUCGGGAGUUUCUUCAGAAUCAAAUUGUUAUCCAAAAUCAGAAGGUUAGUCUGGAGUUAGAGAAUGCCAUAAAGACAGCACAAGCGGUGACUGCAUCCCUUAUGGAACGGGUGAAGGAUCGUUGUGAUACUGGAGUGUUUAUGGAGUUCAUGAAGAAGAUGGAGGAUGAUUGCGAAAAGUCUCUGAAAGACUUGAAUCCAACCUACAGCCUAGCGGGAGUGCUUGGUGAAAACGAUGGUCUUGAAGAUGAAGAUGAUGAUGAUGAUGAUCAGGACGAUGAUGAUCAGGACGAUGACGAUCAGGACGAUGAAGCAGAUUGAUUACACUGGACUGGACUGAAUGGUUUUAGGGGAGCUGACUUGUACGCAAUGUUAUCCUUUCCAAGGAUUCUAUAUGUAAUUCCUGAGUUUGAUUUUCCUAAAUAAAAAUAUGAUGACUA